CUUCUCUUCUCUUCUUCUCGAACUAUUCUUAUUGUCUGCUCAUCCCGUGCGUGACCUUAUCGUCUUCCCUUUUCAUGACCUGUUUCCUUUUUUUCUUCUUCUUCUUUUAUCUCCUUUAUUUCCCCUCUCCUCCCUUUGCGCACGCAUCCAAACCUCUCCCCUCCCAGUUUCUCAAUGAAUCUUUCACCCAGGUUCAACCCCUCCUACUUUGUGUAAGCGCUUAAUUGUCAGCCUUGACGAAAACUUGCGUGGGCUUAAAUACCGAGUGCGCCUCGCUUUGGGGGUGGAACUGGCCAACCUGUCGGAGCGGGCAUCUCUUGUGUCUCUGUGUGUGUAUGUGUGUGUGAGUGUGUGUGUGCGCGCGCGCGUGUUUUUUCCUCACUUUCUCCUCGUGCGCUUUUGGUUUAUUGGUGCCGCUGACCCGCCAGCAUGCAGGUGUCUCUGACCCUCCUCGUCUCCAGCGCGGCGCUGCUGCUGCUCCAAGGAUGCUGCACCGCAGUGAAGGGAUGGAAGGUACUAAAAAAUGAUGCUACGGAGAUUUUACCGGAGUACAGAGAAAACACUCGGACUGUCCAGGAGGCAGUGCCACAGGCGAACAGCGGCAGAAAUAGCAGUAGCACAGCGAAUAACAGGGCGAAAACCGGCGGAAGAGGCGCAAACACAGUCUCUUACAGUGCCUCAGAGCUGAGCUGUAGGGAGCUGCGUUCCACCCGCUACAUCACCGACGGAUCCUGCCGCAGUGCCAAACCUGUGAGGGAGCUGGUGUGCUCGGGCCAGUGCAUGCCAUCGCAUCUCAUGCCAAACUCCAUCCUCCGCGGCAAGUGGUGGAGGAGCAACGCCUCGGAAUACCGCUGCAUCCCGGCACACUCCCGGACGCAGAGGGUGCAGCUGCAGUGUCCUAGCGGCAACACGCGGACUUACAAAAUCCGCGUGGUCACGUCCUGCAAGUGCAAACGCUUCAGGCCUCAUCACAACCAGUCGGAGGCCAAGGAGGUCCCGAAGACGCAGCGGAACAAGAAGCACGGCCGCUCAUCUCAAGAUCGGAAAAAGAACAACACGCCGCUGAUGGGAAACUCGUACUGAUGCUGACGCACAUUCACACACAAACACACACAAACAUGUCACACUACACACAAUCUCCUACAAAUAGGCAGGAGACGCAAGAGAAAUUUUAUAAGCUAAUUGCUGGGCUGAUCUUAAGUCAUCAGUCGUUUAUCUUUCAGCCACGUGUCAGCAUGUCUGUGGACUCUGCUUAUUUGCAUGACAAAAUGAAUCCAGGGCUGCGGCUGAUCAUGUUCCUCGUGCGCCAUGUUGGAUCAUAUGAGACAAGUAUUUUACCAUCCCAACAGCUCCAGAAACGUCAUGGGCUCGGCUCUUUCCUCCACCCAAACUGAUUUCAUUUAAGCAUUAUGAGAAGUGCUCCCUGAUGCUUCAAGCCCAUCUGUGCAAACAUCCAGAGGAUGAAGAGCUAUGCUGCGGUGUAACGCUGAAAAGGUGUAUAUCCGCUCCAAAAAUUGGCUGCAAUCCAUCUCCUUCUGACUGCAUGUAGAGGAUAUGGUGGCGGCCCUGGGGCUCUUAUGGUGAGAUGAUGACAGUUUUGGAGAGUCCUGGCCUGAAUGGUGGUGCAUGCAGCUCCCUGACAGCCCACCUCGCUCAUCUGGACAGACCUACCACGCUCUCUACGCUGCCUCAGCCCCAUCCAGGCCUGUCAGUCACAGUAGCCCUUUCCCACGAGUAGAAACAGUGAGUCAGGAUAGACUGGAAGAGCGUUGAGUUUUUCUCACUGCUAACACCACAGGGGGGCACUGGACAUUCCUGUGAUUCCUCUUAAUUACUAAAUGAGCCCAUUCCUGUGUUAGGAUUUAAGUCAUAAAAAGCCAUUUCCUCUAGCCAGUUCCUGUUUGCCGGAAUCACAUACAAAAAAGUGCACAUGUGUGUGUGGGAGGCAUCCGAAAAGUGUGCGUGGUGUGUUGUUACCUCGGGGCAGAGUGCUCUCCAACACGCCCACACCGGAAUUCUUUUGUAAUGGGCCAAAUAGAGCAUCAAGCGGCCAUACACAGCCAAAAAUCCCUCUGCAAGAUUCAAGACACCUCCAAUCCUCUCCGCACCGUUCUGUAAAUAGCUCAGACAGGGAAACAAUCAUUCUGUUUUUUUAUCAUUGCAUUGACUGCUCAAAUCCAACAGGAAGAGGAAGUGGCAGCGCACGGUCUGUCAUCGCCUCCUCGCCCCGUGACUCAAAUGGGACUGACUUUCGUGAUGAAUAUUCACAAUGUUUCCACAUGUUGUCAGUACUCCGUUGUUUUUCCCUGCUCAUAUCGCUUCCUAAAUUUCGGUUCUCUAAACUGUACUGACAAUGUUUGCUUCUUUUUCCGACUCUCAUGUUUGAAAUAGCAACUGGAAGGGGCGUUUUUUUUCUCGUGCGAACCGAGAAAGCCGCGAUGGAAACCUGUGUGGUCGUCUGCAGCGGUGCCCUCGCACUGGCGUGGGUGUUACGGAGAAGCAGGAAGGGACGAGGGAGGGCAGGAGGGCCGUUUCUACACAGACAGACGCAAAGAUGGACUGCUUUAAAGAAUGAACUGCAUAUUUAUUUUUUAUUUCAACAUUUAAAUUAUUUAUGCAACCUUUUGUAGUGAAUGAUAGCCAUUAUUGUCAUAUAGGAUGUUCGAGACUUUGUAAAUGAAAUUCUGUACAGUACAUGAAUAAAGUAAAGGCAGAUAUAUUUGAAA